CACAGUACAGAUUGGCAACAUCAAAUUGUCUUAAUAUAGUUAAGUUAUUAACAGUGAAAGAAAGAAUUGAAGAUGCCAUGGAUUUACUGCAAGAAUUAAAAAACAGAAGUACGCAGAGUUCAAACGAUAUUGAUUUCUUUGAACUUUUAGCUGGGCUGUCACGAGACGGCUUUAUAGAAGAAGCCAAACCUUGCUUAACAAGUCUAUAGAAAUCAGACUCUUGAAACCUUCGACCUAUGUUCUUGGUUCUCUACUCGAUGGUUACUUUGAAAAGGGAGAUUUGAAAGGAGCCAUGGAUUACAUUGAGGAUUGCUAUGCCAGGUUUGAGAUGGCUCCGAGAUUUUACGAUCUGUUGGUCAAAUUAAUUGAAGCUGGAAACACAGAACAGUUACAAACAGCCAUGGAGUGUGGUGUACAAAUGUUGGGUAAUAGGAAUUCUCUUUAUACACUAAUAUUUGCUUUCCUGACAACUGGUAAAUACAACCAAGCAAAGAGUAUUAUUGAGACUUCGGAACUGGUAGCUGUGCAGGCACGAUUGCAAUGGUACGCAAGACUUUGUAUCCGAAUGGGAUUGGAAGAACCGCUAGAGAAGUUAAUUGAACUAUCACGAAACAUGUUACAAUGUAACAGAGAUCAGAUGUAUCAUCAUUUACUUACACUAUAUGCAAAGACUAAAGAUUGGCAGAAAUGUAUGAAAGCCUGGAGUAGUAUACAAGAAGAGGGUUUUAAACCGACACCAAGGACACUCAGAUUACUGGCACAUGUACUGAAAACAAAUGGGCAACCAAUACCACUUGAAGUCAGCAGUAUCCUGGAGAAUGAUAAUGCAGGUGAAAGAUGAUAAAGUGUUAUUGGUGAAUAAUGUAAAUACUAACCAGAAUAAAGAUUUUGCGGUUCAUUCUUCUAAAUGAAUGGAAUAUAGAAUUAUACGAGUUGAUCAUCAGACGGUGAUAAGAUUUACAAGAUUCAAUUAUAACAUGUUUUUGGCUGAAGCAAGAUCUUAUAUUUUACACCAAAAGAGCUGCCUUUCCAUGAAUGAAGUUGGUUCAAUUGAACGGGAACACCC